GCAGUUGUGGAAGUCGCGCUGGGUGUGGACCUCCACUGUCACGGCACCGCCAGUGAAGGAAAACGACGUGAACGACAUCGAUCGUCCUGGGUGUGCAGAUGAUGUUUCGUGGGAACGUUUGUCAGAGGUGGUAAUGUGUUCCAUACCGGCUUGAUUAUCAGGCGAACAGUCGUGUGGCAGAUGCAGUUCGGAGCCAUCUUCCAGUUGGGAUGGUGGAAGUCCAGGAACGUUCAUGACAUCCGGGUCUCCGACGUGGACAUUAUACAUAUGGAUUGGUGCGCGUACAAGGGAGAUAACUGUCAUCUUCAGCCUAAUGCUGCUGUCUUCACGGUGUCCGGCCACACCCACGAGUUUCACGUUGAUGACAUCAUUCUCAAGGAGAUCCGAAUUGAGGGAGAAUGUCCGAGACUGGUAGAGCGGAAACUCUACAACGGAGCUGUGGGAAAAGUUAGCAAUCUGCGUUUCGAGAACAACUAUGUUGGAUCCGUAUCGAGCAGCAUGCAUAACAUUAUAGCAGGCACACCAGGAGCUCAUAUCCAGAACUGGCAGUUUAUCAAUCUCCGGUAUGGCGGCCACUGUGUCUGUAACGCAGGUGCAGGGCACUUUUCGGUUGACUCGCAUACGACACACAACAACUUUGUAUGCGGUACUGGUCCUAUCAUUGGAUGAUAUUAAUGGAAAGUACACACUGUCGUUUAAAACAUCAAAACACACUGGAAUAUUUGCAAAAGUCGCAAAAGCAGAGCCACUGUACAAUUCCGCAUGUGUUAUGAAUCGAUAUUAAUAGUGAUGAUACCACGCGUGGCACCCGUCACUAACACAUGGAAA